CGAUAUUCCACGGCUACGAGCUCAAGAGCCGCGAACUAUCUUGCAAUAAACGCUGAAUUGCGAACUAACCAGCCCGACAUGUCUUACCAUACCCGAUCGCUCUCGUCCCAUAUGCGCGCGCCGAGCGCUUCGACUUCAUCAACGGGACAGUCACCAGCGUUGCUCGCGCGCAUCGAGGAGAAGAAGGCCGAACUGGAGAGCUUGAGAGAACUCCGGGAUUUGAGUGCUGCAGUCGCGGGACAGAUGGAAGCUUUGGAGACGAAGCUGUCAACUCUGUCAGAUGGGACUGAAGCAAUUGCGGUCGUUAUGGGAAACUGGCAUAAUGUGCUGCGGGCCAUCAACAUGGCCUCUUCCAAGCUUGCGAAACCGAACUCCGACGCUCCUGCCGACGACGCCCAAGAUGCGACAGGUCCUCUUCCUCAGACUCUUGUUCGCAUCCCAACGGAGCACGCACCCGCACUACAGGCCCAGGCAGAAGCAGCAGAGGCCGCUGCCGAGGAGGAAGAGUCGCGACUGGGUUAGAGCCUGUCUAUAUCAGCAUGACAGCGCCUUCCCUAGACUGCGAAUGCCUCAAUAAGGGGGUCCUCGUUCCCUUCGGGCUGUCCGCCGACAGCAUCCAACAACUUCGGUCCCUCCGGCGUAAAAUCAUCGCCGACAAAUCCCCGCAAGUUCCAUUUCCACGAAUGAAAUGGAGAACUUCUACUCCCACCUCACGAUGGGUGGCAGUUAGCACGUUGUGUGUGGAUGUAACCUCCUGCGGU